AAACAAGAAGCAACACGUGUUUUAUUGCCCCAGAACAACAUCAAAUCUUCAGAACCGACAAGGGGCUGUUUCGUAAUUUAAAAGUGAGAAUCCUAGUGCUAAAUGAUAACAACUAGCUAGGGUUUCGCAUGCUCCUUUCUUUAUGGUGGGAAAAAGUUGGUAAUUUAAUGUUUAUCCCAUUUCUUCAAGAUACGUGAAGAAAGCCUGCAUCAUUUUCAAUUCAUGUGCUUUACUGUAAUUAAUUAAAUACCCAAAUACAUUUCUCUCUCUCUAUCUCUCGACUCCCUGAAGCUAGUAUAAAUUGGUAAGUUAUUUGUUGAGAAGUAAUUACGUUGGAGUGGCAAUGGAGAAGAUAGAAGCGCCAGAGUUGAGACUAUUUGAUAGUAGUGAGGAGCUGUCGUCAGGUCUUGCUGACUAUGUGCUUCAAGUUGCUGAAUCUGCUGUGAAAGAGAGAGGCUCUUUUUCUCUUGUUCUGUCUGGAGGAGACAUACCAAAGCGUUUAGGGAAACUGACCAAGGCACCGUUCUUGAGAGUAGUGGACUGGUUGAAAUGGCAUGUUUUUUGGGCGGAGGAGAACGUAGUCGCCAAGCGCCACCCUGAUAGCUUCUAUUGGCAAGCCAAAGAAUGUUUCAUCUCCAAGGUUCCUUUACUGCCAGCGCACGUUAUCUCAGUGAGUCACGGUGUCUCGGGGGAGUCAGCGGCCAGUGGCUAUGAGUUCUCCAUCAGACAACAAGUGAAAAAUCGAACGGUUCAAGUAUCUCCAUCAAGCGACUGUCCCAGAUUCGAUCUUGUCCUCCUGACGUUAGGUUCCCACGGCCACGUGGCAUCUCUUUAUUCUAAUCACCCGGUGUUGGAAGAAGAUUCUCAGUGGGUUGCUUGUGUUUCUAAAGACGCUGCAACGGAAAGCGUGACCCUCACUCUCCCCGUCAUCAAUGCCGCUGCCAACGUGGCGAUUGUGGCGUCGGGUAUGGAUCUGGCGCGUCCUUUUAUGGAUGCAAUGGUGGGCCAAAAGCCCAUUAGAUCACACCCAGCCAAAAUGGUCUCGCCUCAGCAUGGAAACGUCGUUUGGUUUGUGGAUGCUUCUGCUGCUUCCUUGUUCCUACGUGGCAAUGAAGUGUUUGCCACGUCAGCAACCUAGUUCAUUUAUUACCUUUGUUAAUUAUUAUCACCUAGAAAGAGGUAUAUAUAUUUUUUAUUUGGAAAAUGUUAUAAAUCAAUUUGAAGGGAUUCAUAGACAUGCAUCUUAUGUGAUUUUCCAGAUCAUGAGACCCAAGCUCCAGUCAACCAAAUAACAUUUGUGUGUGAUCGUAUUCGGAAACUAAAAUUGCUGUUUCAUGCAAAAGGAGUUGGUUUCUUACGUAGAGUAUAAUACUCCAAUGAAAACCCCAAUAGGUAACUGAUCCUCUCAACAUCAUCAUCGGUUCAAGCUUAACUGCU